AUGACGCCCAAAUACCCCACACUCACCCCCGAGCACAUUGCUCAAUUCCGCGAAGUGUUCGACAUCUUCGACAAGGACCACACGGGCGACAUCACCGCCGAAGAGCUGGGCGUCGUCAUGCGCGAGCUCGGUCUGAACCCCUCCAAGGCCGAGCUCGAGGACCUGGUCAACGAGGCCGACACCAACAAGGACGGCGUCAUCAACUUUGAGGAGUUUCUCAAUCUCAUGUCGCAGUCCGUCAAAGAAACCGAUUCCGAAAAGGAGCUGCUGGAGGCCUUCAAGGUGUUUGACAAGGACAAUUCGGGCACCAUUUCGACCGGGGAGCUUAGGGCUGUCCUCAAAAGUCUGGGCGAGGACAUGACGGAUGCGGACGUGGAUGAGAUGAUCAAGUUGGCGGAUAAGAAUGGGGACGGGCAGAUUGAUUGUGAGUCUUGUUUUCUUUACUACGAGGAGGGCCAGGAGCCAUCGAUGCGCAGAUAUGCUAACUCGAUCACAUGCAGAUGCCGAGUUUGCCCAGAUCAUGAAAUAAGCGAGCUGAGGCCGUGA